AGUAGCGGUAGCAGAGGCAGAAGUAGUAGUGAGGGGAGGAGGAAGAGGGGUGUUUGUGCUGAGCAGUUUGGCUGGCGAAGAAAGCACUGCUGUCGCCACGGCUGCAGUGGGGGAUGUUUUCAUGUUGCUUGGUGCAUAAUUUAGAGGAGGAGCUGGAAGCGGCGACUAUUUGAGGCAGGGAACGGGGGGAUUUGUGCUGCUGUGGUCCCGCUUUUUCUUUAUCUGUGAGUAGCAUCGAGGCAGCUCGCUGCACUUGCCCUACAGUGCCCGGGUGGGGACUUCUGGGUAGAGAGCGUCUUGUCCCCCGGGACUGGUGCUCUGGUGGGGUGUGUGUGCGCGCGCGGUUUUAGGGUGGGGGUUGUGUCUGAACCAGUUAGGAAGAAUGACUUUGGAGUCCAUGAUGGCGUGCUGCCUGAGCGAGGAAGCCAAGGAAGCCCGGCGGAUCAACGACGAGAUCGAGCGGCAGCUGCGCCGGGACAAGCGGGACGCCCGUCGGGAACUGAAACUGCUGCUGCUGGGCACAGGAGAGAGUGGCAAAAGCACAUUCAUCAAACAGAUGAGAAUUAUUCAUGGAUCAGGUUACUCUGAUGAAGACAAAAGGGGCUUUACGAAAUUGGUGUACCAGAAUAUAUUUACAGCAAUGCAGGCCAUGAUCAGAGCCAUGGAUACCCUCAAAAUUCCAUAUAAGUAUGACCAUAAUAAGAAAAUGGAGUAGAUGAAGAAGAAGCUUGAGACAACGCCCAAGAUCGUCCAUCUUGCCUCCUAUCUACCUCUAUACUAAAAUCCCAAAACUCUAAAUUUAUCACCCUGUGACAAACUACACCAUUCUCUAUGAUCUGUUUCACACACUUGUAGACUCCAGUCCAUCCCAAAGUCUUGGAAGUCUUCUCCAUGGGCCAAGGUUAAAGGCAGUGCUUCUCUGGGGGCCAGGACCCCUCAGGGCAGGCAGAGAAAUAUUCCCUGUGCCCUGGGUUCUAACAUUGCUCAAAUGAUUUUAUAAAUUAUUUGUUUCCAUCUCCUAUAUUCUUCUUUACUUUUUCAUAUUUUAGCCCAACAGAAGUGACUUUUAGAUUAUAUUUUUUCCAAGUGUAGGAAAACUGUCUAUCAGAGGUAAGAUAGGUUAGCAGCAUCACUCAAAGAACUAAAAAUAUCUUUUGAUUGCAU